AUGACUGCAAACGCCGAACUUCUGAACUGGUCAGAAAUCUGCAAGUCGAAGCUCCCGCUGGAUUUCAGUCUUCCUGACCACGCAAAACUGACCCGCAGUGACCCCCGGGGCUGGAUGACGGUGCACACACAUGCACACGUUCCUGCCCCGACCCAGGAAGAGUGUGCCACCAGGAGCGACAGUCCCUCCCACGCCGUGAGCCCGGGUACCUGGGAGCACCCUCUAAAUCCGGCACAGAGGCACCGGCGCGUGGCAGCGAACGCUCGUGAGAGGCGGCGCAUGCACGGCCUGAACCGGGCCUUCGACCGCCUGCGCAGCGUCAUCCCAUCACUGGAGAACGACAAGAAGCUGUCCAAGUACGACACGCUGCAGAUGGCGCAGAUCUACAUCGCCGAGCUGUCCGAACUGCUGCAGGGCGUGGCGCGGGGGGAUGGUUCCUGCACGCGGCGCUGUUUCGAGCCUGAACGGGCGGUAGUGAGAAGCGGGGGGAACUGCACGGGGUACGAGGUGGACACUUCGCCCCAGGUGACGCCUGUGCACUUCGAGGAGACCCGCUUAACCGAAGGACACGUGCUCAUCCUGUCCGCCCCCUCCGCUCACUUCAAUACAGAGAAAAUGGAGCUGGUGGUGUCCAGCGCCAGCGACGGAGAGUCGCCACACGCCAGCGAUGCUGAGGAGAGCCAAUCAGGAGGCCGAUGA